AAAAGUCAAUGCCGUACCAACUUUACUACAUUCCCUAAGUCGUUUGUCUUGCAAAUCGAGAGCCAGUCUCCUCCGACCGGUUCCGCUGUGUUCCUCUUUCUGCGUCAUUCCUUUCCUUGCUUGUUCCUUGCACGCGCCUCCGGCCAUGACAGAUUCGAAUCGCCCCCCACAUCAUCUCUCCGAUCCUCACCCUUCGUCAUCCUCGCAGGACCUGCAGAUUCCCUCUACGACGCACGAGACCGGACACAGCGAUGCAGACAGCCACUAUGUACCGCGUCCGAAGCGCAUUGCCUGCGUACUUUGUCGGAGGCGAAAGCUGAGAUGCGACGGGAAGCGGCCCAGCUGCGGCACUUGCUCCCGUCUCGGCCAUGAAUGCCUUUUCGACGAAGUUCGCAAGAAAAGCGGGCCCAAACGAGGUUAUGUGAAACAGUUGGAAGCGCGAUUGGCGCAAGUCGAGAACCUGUUGAAGAACCAGAAGACAAAUAUACCACUAGACCAAGGGAGUGGCUUCCCCGGCGCAGUCACAAACCACUCAACCGACAUCUCCGAGAUCCUUUCUAUCAUUAAUGAAUCGAGCGAGUUUCAGCAACACCAUGAUCGAAUCUCCGACCCGUUCCCCGCUCAAGCGUUCCAGCAAGCUGGCCCGACCAACUCCCCGGACUAUGGCAUGGAGAUGAUAAGUCUUGGCCUGGAGGAGCCUCUUCCGAGUCAAGAAAUUAUUGAUGAGCUGAAUGAGAUAUACUUCGAGAAAAUCCAUCCUGGGAUUCCCAUACUACAUCGUCCCAGGCUACUGGCGGCCAUGAGCCUCGGCCCCAGCAUACGACCCCCGUUGUGCUUGCAAUAUAUUAUGUGGAGUCACGCGGCAUCCAUCAGCGACAAAUACUCCAGCUUGCAUUCGGUAUUCUACGAGCGGGCCCGCAAAUACGCCGAGGCGGACGAACUGAAAGGGCUGGGGGAACAUGCGGUGUCUUUAGGUCACUGUCAGGCUUGGGUGCUCAUCUGUACCUACGAGUUCAAGAUGAUGUUCUUCCCUCGAGCGUGGUUGAGUUCUGGGAAAGCCGCAAGGCUGGCUAUCAUGAUAGGGUUGAAUCGGGUCGAUGGGGAAGGUAUCGAUGUGAAGCAAACAUUGACUGCUGCAAAAGACUGGAAUGAAAAAGAGGAGCGACGGCGGGUGUUCUGGAUGGCGUAUUGUGCCGACCGGUUUGCGAGCAUUGGCACUGGGUGGCCUGUCGUUUUCGACGACAGAGAUGUCUUGACUAAUUUACCAGCCUCUGAAGAGGCUUUUCUCAAGAACCAGCCCCAAGACACAGUUUCUCUAGAAGCUGCGCACGCGGGAGAGGGCAUGCCUACCCUGUCUGCUUUCGGGGGUGUGGCCUUCAUGGCCAGCAUCUUUGGCAAGAACCUUGCCCACCUUCAUCGGCCUAAUCCACACGAUGACGAUCACGACCUCAAUGGGGUCUACUGGCAGCGGCACAGGUCCCAUGACAACAUUUUGCUCCAUUUCUCUCUCACCAUGCCUUCUCAUCUGCGAUUAUCCGUCGGGACAACCGACCCCAACGUCAUCUUCUGUAACAUGGCCAUCCACACGGCCACCAUCUGUCUCCACCAGGCGGCCAUCUUCAAAGCGGAAAAGAACAAGAUGCCAGGGCCCAUUGCCACCGAAAGCAAGAGAAGAUGUAUCUUGGCUGCGGAGCAGAUCUCGAACAUCUUGAGGUUGAGCAGCCAUGUCGAUCCCAGCAAGAUGAAUGUCCUCACACCCUUUUGCGUCUACGUUGCGGCACGCGUCUUUGUACAAUACCUGAAAUUCCGGCCCGACGACUCGGCCGCCCGUUCAUCCUUACAAUUCGUCUUCUCCGCACUUCACCUACUGAAGACCAAGAACCCGCUUGCGGAAUCGUUUAUCUUUCAGCUGGAUCUCGAUACCGCAGGUACGGUGUUGUCCGACUUCAAUCAGUCGAAGAAAGCAUGCUUCAUGAGAGCGGGUCUGCAGCGAGACGCGGCUUUCACCGAGAGACGCUACUCCAGCGACUCAUCUCUACUGAACGUCAGCCAAACACGAGUCCAGCCUGACCCAGACCCCUUCGACGCAUCGCAAGGAAGCUGCGGCUCCAGCUCCCGGUCCUCUUCAGUCGCGCAGCAGAUCCGCCUCGAAGUCCGCCAAGCCAACCCCUCGCUGAGUGACGCAGCAGCAGCAGCAGCCCACCGGCACAAAAGACAUCGCACCCAACAGCAGCCCCCGACGUUCGGAGACGAGAUCCACACCCCCGACCGAGACCUGAGCCAUCCCGUGGUGGUCGACUACAGCGGCGGCAGCAGCAGUGUAGAUCUGCGCACCGACUCGCUCUCCCCGGAUGUUCACUCAUCCUCCGCCACCUCGUCGUACACGCGACUCAGUCCCCAGCAGCCGCCUGGACUCGCCAACAACAGCUUCAUCGCCACCCCAGCCAGCUCCCUCGAUUCGGCUGCGGCAGCCUGCAACACCAAUUCAACCGCAGCAAACCUCAUGUUCGCCAAUCCGGCGAUCCCACUCGACGCUGGCGCUGGGUAUCCCGAUGUCUUCGCCGGGGUCCCGCGGUGGGACGUGAAUGCCCUCGCGUUCUCUGGGCUCGAUGGUUCCACCCUGGACAACAGCAUGUCCGGCGGUCUGGACGGUCUCAGCGAAGCCCAGUGGGCGCAGCUUCUGACCACGAACUGGGAUGCCUACCCGGAUCCGAAUAUUCUGCCUUGAGAGAUCCGUCCCAUUUGCAUAUGCGAGAAUUUGGAACAGAAAAGAAUGAUGAUCAAUCACUAUAGAGCCGCUGGGCGGGAAACAUCACGAGACUUACGAAUUGUACAUUCAUUGAUAUGUGGGAGGGUGGGGGGAUAUCGAGUUGAGUUAGCAUUUGGACAUACCAUACCC